CCAUCCAUCCUAAUACAAAUACUAAUAAUUACUCAUAUCUUCAUCGUGUCCAGUCGACGGGAGGGGUCGAGGAGGAGAAAUCAAGUUCCAGCUUGCGGCGCCGUUGCGGGAGGCGAUGGGCAACGCCGGGAGCUCGCCGGAGCAGGCCAACAAGGAGGACGCGGAGGCACGCCGCCCGCCGCCCUCCACCGUUCGCUUCUACCCCAACGCCGACCAGCCCAAGGCCAGGCAGCCCCCGCCCAUCAAGCUGGACGAGGAGGACGUGCCCCCGCCCCCCGCCGCCGACGACGAGAUGGCCCCUCGCAACCUCUGGCAGGUGUAUGCUCUUGGAGCGUUUAUUGUGCUGAGAUGGGCCUGGGUCAAGUGGAAGGAGAGCAAGGACAGAGAUGACUCACCCGACGACCGAUCCCCAGAUGGGUCAUCUUAGGUUGCUCCAUCAAGCUUUGGUCUCUGCUUCAAAUCCUAAGAUGAUAAAUAUGUGCGAUGAUGUUGGACCUCUCUCUGUCCAUCUGACGAGAUUUUCUUCCCCAUCAUUGUUGCCCUGUGUCUGGAUUCUGCGUUUGCCCAUAAUUUGCAAGUGACUUCCUUCCCAUCAUUUUAGAACUUGCAAUCUUCUUCAGCGAAAUACUUGUAUUAGAACUAAAAGAAAAAUGAACAUUUUGCUAGUA